ACAAAUUCAGAACUCUGGCCGGCAACUUCAGCAUCAUGUUCUCCACGUCCAUGGGCGUCAUGGUGUAUGUGGCAAAGGCGAAUGCAGUUUAUGGUGACAAGAAUUCGAGCGGUCAAGCAUGCGAGCGGGGCUUCUUGUCCGACCACGACUUCUUGUGCACAGAAAUGAACACUGAAGGCACCAACGUCAACACCCAGGAAUCAGCACACUACCAGAUCUACAACCAGCACAAGAGGUACCACUUCGUUACCUGGGAGGAGAUGGAUACGAUACGGCCCAAGAUCAAGGACUACAUCAACAGAACUGAUGGGUGGGCCGUAUUCCACGCCGACUUAGACGUACGCAGGGUAUGCGGUGCCGAAAAUAGCAUGGAUCGUGUGAUUGCCUUAUACACGGCUGUAAAGACCCGCAGAGUACCAUAACCUCGGCACCAC